GCUCUAGCCGCCCCUCUCGAUGGUGCGUGUCGGCGGCUCCCCGGCACAAGAGGCACCGGAAGUUGGUGCCGGAUCCUCUCUGGUCACUCCUCUCGAUGGUGGAGCCGGGGCCUGCGGGCGGCGUGGCCAUGGCCGAGGUACCCGAGGCCGAGCAGCAGUUCCUGAGGCAGCACCCGCUCCUCAGCCUGGCAGAGACGGGCAAGGUGAGGUGCAGGCUGACAGGCCACGAGCUGCCGUGCCGCCUGUCCGAGCUCCAGGCUUACACCAACGGCAAGAAGUACCGGCGGCUGCUGCAGACAGCCGGAGAGUUUGACUAUGGCAGCUUUGAGCCCCACAUAGUGCCCAGCACGAAGAAUCUGCACCAGCUCUUCUGCAAGCUCACUCUCAGACACAUCAAUAAAUUUCCAGAGCAUGUGCUGAGGCACGUCCAGGGGAAACGCUAUCAGAAGGCCCUAAAAGCUUAUGAGGAAUGCCAGAGGGCAGGCCUGGAGUUCAUCCCUGCCUGCCUGGCACAGAGGCAGCGGCGGGCACAGCGCCCUGAGGAGCAGAGGGGAGGGAGCAGGAAAGAGCCCGAGUUCUGGGAGCCCAAAUCCAGCGAUGAGGAUGGAGAGGAGACAGAUGACAGCAUGAGUGACCUGUACCCACCCUCACUCUUCACUGAAAAAAGCCCCGGAGCUCCAGAGGCCUCCCAGGGCACUGAGCACUUUGCAACAGACAGUGAGGAGGAGGGGGCCAAGCAGAAUGGUGUGAAGGGGGAGUCUGGUGGGAGGAUGGAUGUCAGCAGAGCAGGUGGCACCAAGAGGGGGAAGAAGCAGUCAGGCCCUUUAAAGAAGAAAUUCAAAAGUCAUCAUCGAAAACCCAAGAACUUCAAGAAGGUGGCCAAUGGCAAAUAAAUAUU